AUCGCCACGGCAUGAAAAAGCGCUCGAGCGACGCCGAGGACACCGCGACGUUGUUGGACCCGUCAAAAAUCCGAAUCGAAGUGCCAUUGGAUCCCACGGUCGGCACGAUGGACUUGCUUCGAUGCGGGGGUAGCAGCGCGAGCACGACCGUACUGUUCCUGCCUUCCGAGUUCCGCGCAAUUCGGUUGUAUCGGAAUGGGACGUGGUGGAAGCAAGGAAUAUAUGCAGUGCUGUGUGUAGCGUCGUGCGGUGUACUGCCCUUGCUUGCGUACUACAUGCCGCUCCUCCAUGCUGCGUGCACGCUCACGCCGUUGUCGUCCGGAGUGUUUGCUACCAUCGUGCUGGUGCAGCACCGCGACAGCGCAGGGAGCUGGGAAGCUGUGCCCGUGCAACGGACGUCCAUGAAUACCCGUGCAUCUUUGGAUGAUGAAAAUGGCCACGAAUGGAUCUGGUUUACGUUUCGAAAGCACCGCUACGUGUACAUCGACGCGACAGCGUCGUUCCGCCGCAUCAGCGCCACCGUCCAUGGCCUAUCCAUCGCGUCGGACGUGGUACCUCGGCUACAAACUGGUCUGUCGGAUGAUAUGGCCGCAGCGCUGCUUCGGCACUUUGGCCCUAACGCGUUGGACAUUGCGCUCGUGCCGUAUCACCGCGUGUUGAUGAGCAAGCUGCUGCACCCGUUCUACCUGUUCCAACUCACGAGCGUUUUCCUGUGGAUGUACGAGGAGUAUUGGACGUACUCGAUCUUGAUUCUGGGCAUGACCAUCGGGUCUCUCGGCUACGAAGUCAGCACCCAAGUUCGAAACACCAAGAAACUGCACGAUUUGAUGCAUAUGGACGAUAUCUUCGUCAAGGUUUUACGAAACAACCAGCGCAUGUCGUUGCCAGCCACAGCGCUCGUACUUGGAGAUGUCGUCGAACUGGACGAAGGCGGAGGUGUCGCGGCAGACAUGGUCCUCGUGGAAGGGGCCUGUGCAAUGGACGAGUCAUCGUUGACUGGUGAAGCUAUUCCUGUGGACAAACACGCUCUUCCCUUUGACACGGUGAUCGACUCGAUUACAACAUCGUCGUCCAAAAUCAAGGCGUCGCUGUUGUCUGCCGGCUCCACAGUUGUGCGGAUGGACGCCGCACCGUGCAAAGCAGUCGUUGUGGCCGUUGGUUUCCACACCUCCAAGGGUGAUUUGUUUCGGUCAAUUGUGUGUCCCAAACCCAUUCGCUUUCAAGUCGAACAAGACAGCUAUCGAUUCCUCGCUGCUCUGUCGACGUUGGCCGUGCUCACCGGGAUCAAGAAUAGCUACGAUGCAGCAAUGCAUGGGCUGGGAUGGACGCGUAUUCUCGUAUCGUGUCUCGACUUAGUCACGAUCGCCGUUCCCCCCGCGCUGCCGUUAAUUCUGAGCGUUGGAGUCGGGUAUUCCAUCCAUCGGUUGCAACGCGAUGGCAUUUUUUGCAUCGACGGACCCAAAAUCAACUUGGCGGGCCAUCUCAAUUGCUUUUGCUUUGACAAGACGGGAACCCUCACGACGGACGCCAUGAAGUUUCAAGGAAUCGAUCUCGCCGUGUCGACUUCAGCUGCUGCAUCCACCUGCGUUGACGUUUCUGCCGAUGUUGACGCGAGGAGCGUCGCUCCUCUGCCUGGCACACCCAUGGUCCCUUCCUUUGAAGGGAUGACGUCACUUCAUGCUACAUCAUCCAGCGAAAUGCUACAUGGGGCUGGAACGUGUCAUGGCGUAAUAAGCGCACAAGGUGUGCUGGUUGGAUCUCCACUCGAAGUGAGCCUCUUCCAGGCGUCGAAACACGUGUGGGACGAAGAGCGCAAUGUGAUUGAAUGCCGCACGACUGGAUGUCAUUUUGAAUAUGCCCAGAAAUUUGCAUUUGACUCGACCUUGCAGCGGUCGUCGGUGGUGUUGAAGGACGGAACGGUCUUCGUGAAGGGCUCUCCUGAAGCGGUGGCUCAAGUGUGCCUUUCCAACACGCUUCCUCUGCCAUUCCACACGACAGUUCAUGACUAUGCCAAGCGGGGGCUGUAUUGCAUGGGUCUUGCAACCAAGCAAUUGCCCAUGAUGCACUUCCAAUCGAACAACGGGCAGAUGGCCAAGUCGUCGUUGAUUCCACGUGGAGAUGUCGAGUCUGGACUAACUUUUGUGGGGCUUCUGCUCUUCACAAACCCGAUCAAACCGGAAUCGCCCGCGCUGAUCGCCACACUCGAGGCAGCCAAUAUUGACGUUCGUAUCAUCACUGGCGACAGCGCCCUGACCGCCGUCCAUGUUGCUCAAGAGUUGGCCAUGGAUUUGCGACCUCAAGUGGUGCUGCUGGACGUGAACCACGGCGGCCACUCUGAAGGCGAGAGAAAUGCGCUUGACGCCGAGACCCCGACCGUCGUCCUGCGCCACGUUGACUCGGGUGUCAUGGAGCCAUACUCGAUGGAUGCCUUCCUGACACUCGGUGCUUCCGUCGAUUUUGCGAUGACUGGGGCAGCGCUGGAAUGGUUCCAGGAGCGUGGAGUCGGAGGGGAUGUCGUUGCUGUGGUAGACACAAUCAAGAUCUUUGCGCGAAUUCGCCCCGAGCAAAAGACUUGGCUCGUGGAAACGUUGAUGGCCCAGGGAAAAUACGUCGGCAUGUGCGGCGACGGCACCAACGACUGCGGCGCACUCAAGGCCGCGCAUGUCGGGCUGGCCCUGUCCAACGCAGAGGCAUCCAUCGGUACUGUCGAUCUCGCCGCCUCCUUCGAUCGCAUCCAUCGUCUCACCGUGGUGUGUGGUGGAUGCAGUGGCUCCAUUUACGAGCCGACAGCAAAACGUCAUGGAUGUUGUGACAUUAAUCCGAGAAGGGCGAUGUGCCCUGACAACGUCGUACCUCGGCUUCAAGUUCAUGGUGUUGUACCCUGUCACCCAAGUCAUCGUGACGUCGACGCUCUACAGCGUCAUGGUUACGCUAGGGAAUAACCAGGUUGCGGCAUUCCAUGCGGCCGUCCUCAUGCCGUCGCAUGUAGUUUUUGCUCGACGACAUGGUGAUCGUGUUGGGGCUGUCCAUGUUUAUGUUGUACACUGAGCCAACGCACGUGCUCGCACGCCACGAGCCCGCGUCCACUCUAUUUGCACGUUCGAUCGUGUGGUCGAUCGUCGGCCACGUCUUGAUAUUCCUCGCGUGUUUUACAGCAACGUGGAGCGCAGGUAGGCAUGUCCCCACCGACGACUUUGGUCGCGCGUUCCGAGUAUUUCGUGAUGGCAUGGCGGCACGGUGUGUGCAGCUUGAACACCGUUGGCUGACUUGAACGUCCUGUAGCGCUGCAGGCGCCAUGGUACUGCUCCGUGGACCAGGCCAAAGCGCACACUGCCCAGCUCAAUGCGACGCCGUUGGUGUCGAACGAGUGCUAUGUGUACAUGCCACCGCCAGGAGAUGGGUACACCCGGCAGUCGCACGAGAACGCGGUCGCGUGGCUGUUUGGCCACUGGCAAUUCCUGAUUGUAGCGGUCGCCAUCAACGCCAAAGACUCGUUUCGCCAGCCCGUGUGGCCCAGCAACAAGUUGUUUUGCGGGUAUGCGGUGGCCAUGACAGCGCUGCUGACGACGCUGACAUUGACGCAAAACCCGGCCGUGUUGAGGUACACCUUGCAUGUGGCGCGGCGUCGUGGCGAGCACGUCGAUGGACCGGUGUGGUGUCGAUAGGUUUUUUGAGCUUGUGGACCUGCCACCAGCGUUUCGAUGGCACUUGCUUGGCAUGGUCGCCGUGAAUGGCGCUCUCAGUAUGAGCUGGGAAUUUGUCCUGACGAGAUAUCUCGAUCCGUCGCGUCCGCCGCGCCGCGUGGGAGCGUCCAUCCGCCUGCCGCACAUUCGAGUCGUGUAAAUGAAGGGCCUGGCGAGUCAGGCACGCAAGAGCCGUCGAGUUGUCGUCUAAGUAAAACCACACACAUUGCGUUGCGCUGGGCAUAGCACGAGUCCCACAACCCGCGGCAAGCCCGUGGCGGCAGCACCACGCGGAUGGCGUGCAAGGCAAAGCCAGAAGGCGCGCUGGCUACAUCCCUGAUAACGUGUGCAAACCAGUCAGCCAUACAUGCACGAGAAAGGCGUUGGGCGUACGGAGCCGCCCGGCGUGGCCAACUUUGGCUUUGGUUUUGUAGGACACAUGCUGUUGGGUUCAGUGGAGUGUGCCCUAGUUGACGGCCUUCAACAAUUGGCAACGAGAUACUCGCGCCAUCCUCCACCGAAAACGCUCCACAACUCGAUGCGCACAGGAUCGAAUGCACGCCCUCGGCAAACGACCACUCUCGCAGCCACAAAUGCGCAGCAUGGACACCGCUUCCCUUGCCACUUCGAUCCCACACCCAGCCACAGCGGCGCUUGCGUGUUGAAGCGCAGCGACGUGGCCGCUCAAAACGAGAGGGGGUUGUUCCGCGUCGCUGGGUUGCGUCGGCGGACGUGGUUGCCAGCGACUUCUCUUCACCGAGAGCGUACACAGGGGGAGCUUGCGUGUGGCCCGUUGGUCGCGAUGCAUGGCGCAUCCAACGCCGCCCUCUUGGCCGAGGGAUUUUGUGGGCCCGUCGAAGCCUGUGGUAGCUGCGAGGCGCCCACGAAAGCGCGACAGGCAGUUGUCUCCGUCGUCCGAAGCGGC